AUGACAGCAGGCGUUGGCACCAUCUACUGGACAGCUCCUGAGGUACUUAUGGGCAAAAAGUAUACAGAGAAGGCCGACAUUUAUUCAUUCGGAAUUGUCAUGUCGGAGAUGGAUACGAGCGAAGUACCGUAUUCAGACAAGCGCGACAACUCCGGCAAGAAGCUACAGAGCAUGAAGAUCAUCCAAAUGGUUAUUCGCAUGGCCCUGCGACCAACAUUUGGAAAGAACUGUCCCGUGCAGAUUAAAGCUCUUGCUGAUCGUUGCUUAGACGCCAACCCGGAUGCUCGGCCGGAUGCACCGGAGCUGCUUGACAACCUGCGAAAUAUUCAAGAGGAAUUGCAGUAA